AUGAAACCCAGAAGUUCCUUUUUUGCCUUUCUGCUUGUUCUUUUGCUACUACAACUGAUUUUGGCAGAUUCAAAUUCAGAUUGGUACGAUUGGGUUCUCAGGCGUAUCCAGUUAUCGACAGCGCAGGGCGUUUUGAUUACGCUUGCGGGAGUUGCAUAUGAAGCAGAAACUGCGUAUGACAUAUACAAUACUUGUUGGAAUCAGCAAGCCCCUGAAGCAUAUUUCAGGACAAUUAGGUAUGCUAUUACAAGAUGGCGUAUAGAACUAUUGGCGUUAAGUAAAGCUACAGGAUGGUAUGAAAGAGACGAAAAAUCAAACAUCGAGAUAUCAGCAUAG